AACCCGCCGCCGCCACCGCCGCCCCCAGCCGUAGCAGCGAUCGUCCGCGUUCCCUCUCCGCCGCACCCGGCAAAGCAGGCCAGGCCAGCCGAAGUCCACUCUGUACUAGCUCCUGCGCCGCAGCUGAAUAACACCACCACUCUCGCCCCCAAUCCCCAUUUCACGUACCUUGGCGCCCGGUCAGACGGGAUCGAUCUCCAGUCCACAGCGACGCUGCCUGACCCAAACAACCUCAAUCUCUAUUCGUCGAGUCUCAUCUUCCACCUCGGCUCGAGUGGUGCGCCCAAAGAGCGCACCCACAUUCCGCCCUCGCGGAAGAGGGCUGUCGAACCACCUCCACCACGACAGCGGUCAUUCCCAUUGCCGGACGUGUCGCCUCCCGCGACGCUCCAGUCCGUCGGCGUUGGCGAGGACUCGUAUUUUGCACGUGUCGAUGGCGUGUGCGUCGCGGAUGGAGUAGGAGGCUGGUCGCGCUCUGGAAAGGGCCCAGGAGACCCCGGGCGCUGGGCGCGAUUGCUGACUCACUUUUGUGAAGAAGAAGUUGAGCGCUGGUGGGCUGGUGCCGAGGACUACAUGACCACGGGCGAUGAUGUGUCCGGGUGGGCCGCACGCGCCUGGAAGCGCGGGUCGGAGGAUCGCAAGGAGCGCAAGCACCGCCGCCCCCUCGAUCCUGUCGAGAUCAUGCAGAAGGGGUACGAGAAGUGUUUGGCCUGCGCUGCACAGGAGGGAAUCUACGGUUCCUCGACGUGCAUCCUCGCGCUGCUACACCAUUCGACGCUCCUGGUCGCCAACCUCGGCGACUGUAGCUUGCUCAUCAUCCGCCGCGGCGAAGUCGUCUUCCGCACAUCGGAGAUGCAGCAUGCUUUCAACUUUCCUCUCCAGCUCGGCACGCACUCGCGCGACGAGCCGAUGAAGGACGCCAAGCGCUACGACAUUGGGGUUGAGAAGGAGGAUGUCGUCAUUGUUGGCAGCGACGGCCUGAUGGACAAUCUGUUUGACGAAGACAUUCUCGAGACGCUGUCCGAGUUCGCACCCCCAAACCAGCCCGGCUCAUUGCCGGCGUUCUCGCCGCAGCUUGUGUCUGAAGCAUUGCUGGACCGCGCGCGGGCCAUCUCGGAGCAGACGACUGCGACUACGCCGUUUAUGAUGCGCGCGAUCGAGGAGGGCAUCGACUUUGUAGGAGGCAAAAAGGACGACAUUUCCGUAGUCGUCGGGGUCAUUGGAGACCGCGAC